AUGAAAAUUUAUAGUCCAUAUCUGCGAAUGUUUGUUCGAGUGAAUGGAUUCACUGGUCUACAAUUGUCACCAAUACGUUGGAAUGAUUAUCAUACGAUUGUAAUAUUUUUGAUAAAUAUUUUAUUGAAUAUAUCGACAUUUUGGGGAUUGUAUAACAAUUUACGAUCAACUGAUAAUCAUUUACGUUCAAAUAAAAAAUUAUACGAACAAUUUUUACUUGCAGAUUUGUAUUUAAUUUAUCCAUUAAUUUAUGGUGGUUUCAUUGGAUGUUAUCUUCAUUAUGGUUCACGAAUAAUCCAUUCACUUGAUUCACCGGUUUUCACCGGUAUUCGAGACUGUAAACGUAAUCGUUUCAAAGCAUUAACAGUCUAUCUGAUGUUUACAUUAUUCUGGGAACAACGAUUAUUAUUAAAAGAAUGGCGGCUAUUACCACACAAUAAAGAACUUUUUUUCAAAUGGAAAACAUUUAAUUCAAUGUUAUCAAUAUUUAUUUAUCAAUCAUCACAGAUGACAAAUUGGUUCAUUCUUGGCUAUCAUCAAAUGAUUACAUAUUUGACAUUAAGACAGAUUGUUCGAAAAUUAUCACCAGAUGAAAAUUUGUUAACGAAUACGAAUAAUUUCUCCUCUAGAGACCGACGAUUAUUUCUAUUAUUACAGAAUCUUACCGAACAAAAUCGUCAAAUUCAAUUCUAUUCAUCAUUCAUAUUGUUAUUUAUUUUGAUUGAAUUGACCAAUUCAUUCAUUGCAGUAUUAUGUAUACUUUUAAUCGAUUCAGUACGUUUUGGCCUGAUUGCUAUUUAUGAACAAUGUAUUCGUUGGUUUGUAUUCAUUUCAGUGAUAGAAAUGAAUCGUCGAAAUUUAUUAUUAUUCAAUCACAUUGAUCGAUAUUUUUAUCGGAAAUUUUCCACCAUACAGUUGAUUAAUUCCCGUCAUCAUCAUAAUAAUAAUUGGAUUGCACGUUAUUCUAAAUAUAAUCAGGUUGAAAUUUUUCGCCAAUAUUAUCAGCUAUCAUUAUUCAAUUGGCUUGAUAUAAACAUUUCAUUAUUGAUUGAAAUUUUCUUUUUCUCACUUGGCUGUGUUAUGAUUAUCGCUCUGACAAGUUGA